AUGACAAUUGACCAGCCCGCACACCGAAUCAAGCGGGAGGCCCGGCAGAAAUCCCUGUCACAGUCCGUCAUCCCCUCGGAAUCAAGGAGCGAUACUUACUUCCCUUCGCUUAAAAUAACACCUGUGACUAUUUUGGGCACCGUGGGCCGCCCUACCGUAGAAAAUGAUAGACAGCUCGAAUCUGGUCCUUCGAGAACACACGAGCGAGAAGAUGCACAUUGCGCCGACCUUCCGCCGUCCCGAAAGCUUCCUGGCGUGCUCUAUCCCUUCCCUCUAAUCCACCUCACCCCCGGCGAUGUCGCUACACAAAGAGUCAGAGUCGAACGGGCACACGAGUCCCUCUGCUGGAUCGCCGAAUGGACUGAGCAGUGGCAACGAUGGAACGAAGCGGAAUCUGCGGUGAAGCCCCGACAUAUACAACUCAUCUCCAUGGGCGGGGCGGUCGGCACGAUCAUGUUUGUGCAGAUCGGGUCCGCGUUAUCGAUCGGCGGACCCGGGAGCCUCUUCGUAGCGUUUCUGCUCUGGUCGACGGUCCUGCUGGCGGUCAACACCUGCCUCGCGGAGAUGGUCUGCUGGCUCCCGAUCUCCUCCCCGUUCGUCCGUUUCGCCGACCGUUUCGUAGACGAGGCCCUCGGCGUCGUGAGCGGGCUGAACUUCUUCAUCUAUAUUGCUAUCGGCAUUCCUUUCGAGAUGACGGCUGCGAACCUCAUGCUUCAGUUCUGGACAGAUAGAAUCCCAGUGGCCGCUGUCAUAGUGUUUAUGAUUGUCGCAUAUGCGGCCUUCAACGUAUUCGCUGUGCGGCUUUAUGGCGAGGUGGAGUUCUGGCUGGCGAUUGGGAAGAUCGUCCUGGCUGUGGGACUUUUGCUGUUCACACUGGUGGUUGCCCUGGGUGGGAAUCCUGAACACGAUCGAUUUGGAUUCAGAAAUUGGGAUAGCUCGAAAGUCUCGGGCGCGCCAUUUGUCCCGUACGUGUUUCCUGGCGCCACCGGUCGCUUCAUCGGGUUUCUGAGCUGUCUUGUGGAAGCUGCGUUUACCAUGCAGGGACCCGAGUACAUUGCAAUGACCGCCGGAGAAGCCGCGCAACCCCGUCGCACGAUGUAUCGCAGCUUCUCCUCCAUCACAUUCCGCCUGGUCGUCUUCUUCGUUUUCGGCACACUGUCCGUCGGGGUCCUCGUUCCGCACUCCGACCCUGCCCUACUCGGCGCCUCCGGACACGUCAAACGGGGUUCGGGAACGUCGCCGUACGUCAUCGCGAUGACGCGCCUGCGCAUUCCCGUUUUGCCGCAUGUGGUGAACGCGCUCGUUCUGCUGUCCAUAUUCUCCGCAGGGAACAGCUACGUAUAUACGGCAAGUAGAACGCUGUAUGGGAUGGCGCUGGAAGGACAAGUGCCCCGUGUUUUUGCGCGCUGCAGCAAGAGAGGUGUCCCGAUCUAUGCGGUGGGGGCUUCGAUGUUGUUUUCUUCGCUGGCGUUCCUGCAGCUGAAUAGAGAAAGCGCUGUCAUCUUGCAGUGGAUCUCUCUCAUUGCCACCGUUGGCCUGAUGAUCAACUAUGCCCUAAUCUCGCUCACAUAUCUGCGUUUCAGAGCCGCCCUCGCUGAACAAAAUGUGCCUCGCUCAACUCUGCCGUGGGUCGGUCGACUGCAGCCAUUCUGCGGCUAUUAUGCCCUCAUUACAUGCACAACAAUGAUAUUUCUCUCUGGAUACGCCGUCUUCCUCCCCGGUCACUGGAGCGUCACCACAUUCGUUUUUUCUUACGUCUUGAUUUUGAUCUUACCUUUGGUCUUUCUCACGUGGAAAUUUACUAAACGGACCAAGGCUAUUGCGAAAGGUUCAAUAUUUAAUCAUGCAAGACGCGACUCUCUUUCCGUCCCUCCUUCCAAAGGCACCACACCACGCGGGCCCGCCGCCGCCAUGUCCUCAACGACGACCGCCGUCACAUCCUCCUUCUUGAUGAAGAUGGCCCAGCUCACGGACACUGAUUGGGACCACAUGCGCGAGGGGUCUAUCUUCCUGCCGACCUUCGUCUUCCUCUGCGCCGCGUAUCUCCUCCUGGGGGCUAGGUUUCCGGCACCGAAGCAGAGCGCCUGGGUGCUCAGCGCCAUUGCCAGCGGAUGCAUGACGGUGGCGUCGCUCCCCUUUGUGUGGGACUACUUCAUGCGCGGGGAUGGAGGAGUGGGCCAAGUGCGUGAUAGAGGAGUGUAUGGGGUUGCCGUGAACCGGUUCUUCCAGGGCUACCUAUGCGCCGACUUGCUCAUGGGGGCCAUAUACUAUCGCACCCAAGUGAACCUUCUCACGGGCUGGAUCCACCAUAUCGUUUACGUCGGAAUCUGUGAGCUCGCAGUGCGGAGGGAGUGGACACACGUUUUUGGGCUGGCCGCGUGCAUGGAGUUCCCCACCUUCCUCCUUGGGGCCGCCACGCUCGACCCGCGCUUGCGGUCCAACGUCGCGUUCGCCGCCGCGUUCUUCAUAACCCGCAUCUUCUUCCACCUGUGCCUCAUCGUGUCCUACGUGCUGCCCCACAACCGCCCCUCCGGCAGCCUCGUCCCGUGCGGCAUCCUGAUCGCCGUCUUCCCCAUGCACGCGAUGUGGUUCCACGGCUGCAUCCAGGGAUUCAUCCGACGCGCUAAGCAGGUCGCGAGCAAGGCAGGCACACCACCAUCCACGCAUCCACUGUCGCCCGACAUUCACACCGACGCCCGCGCCUUGGCCCGCCACGCCGCCCCGAUGGGCAGCGUGCGCCCCGUCUGGGACGUCACCCUCCGCCUUCGCCGCUUGCGGUCGCGCUUCAUCGCCGGCGGCGCGUCGCAUGGCGAAUGGAUCGAGGGUAAGCGAAACGGAAGCUGGGUCGACGGCGUGCGGGACCGUGUCGUCGAGCGCGCGGUGCGCGUGCGCUCGCGGCUGCGUGCGGCGACUGCGACUGGGGAGCGACGCCCGAUUCGGCCCCGUGCGCUCGCGAUGGGCCGGCGGAUGAGUGCUGGCUUGAUUGCCGUGCUGCCGUCACUACCCACGAAGGAGUUCGUCCUUGAUUAUGUUGGGCUGAGUCGCCCGUAGACGCUGAGUACCCGUAGACUCCGUGCCGACAGCACGAAUACACAUCGCUGAUGCCAGGCGCUUUAUGAUUCACGAUCUCCUCCAUGCCAUUUUGAUGUUGUAACGGUAGUCCAUGCAUUUGUUGUUUGUAGUUUCAAUGGGUAGACGGUGUGCGGAUAACCUAGAGAUGACAGACCGUAUAAACACGUACAGCAUUGUCAUGUAAACAAAUACAGCCCGCCAUUUUGAUACAUGCAGCAGGCCGCGUCUUCGCGCAGCGAUCUUUCGCUGACUCCUCUCCCCUCCUAUAACCACUGCAACCCGUCAAGGCAAUCUGGCCGCCAUCAUCUGCACUGGGGCCAGAUUUAUAGGGUGUACGUGGAAGAAUCGACUGCUACUGAGCAGUCUGAGCCAUCCAGCAGGUGUCCCGUUGCCGCUCGCAAGGGCAUGCCUGCAUCAAUGGGCACCCUCCACCGACGCGACGCGACGCUGCAUCGGCGUUCAGCGGAUCCGGGCUAACGCUGGCCUGCUCAGCGACAUUUCGCCGCCGCUCCCUUUUUAAUACCUCCAGCGGAUUUACGCUGACGCUCCCAUUUCGGCACAGUCAGCGAAUCCUCGCUACCCAUCCCGUUUCGACGCUGUCAGCGAAUCCUCGCUGCCUAUUCCGUUUCGACGCUGUAGUCAGCGACAUUUCGCCGUCGCUCUCAUUUCGACAUCUUCAGCGCAUCCUCGCUGCCCAUCCCGUUUCGACGCUGUCAGCGAAUCCUCGCUGCCUAUUCCGUUUCGACGCUGUAGUCAGCGACAUUUCGCCGUCGCUCCCAUUUCGGCACAGUCAGCGAAUCCUCGCCGUCGCUCCCAUUUCGGCACAGUCAGUGAAUCCUCGCUGCCCAUUCCGUUUCGACGCUGUCGGCGAAUCCUCGCCGCCACUCUCAUUUCGACAUCUUCAGCGAGUCCUCGCUGCCCAUCCCGUUUCGACGCUGUCAGCGAAUCCUCGCUGCCCGUUCCGUUUCGACGCUGUAGUCAGCGACAUUUCGCCGUCGCUCCCAUUUCGGCACAGUCAGCGAAUCCUCGCUGCCCAUUCCGUUUCGACGCUGUCAGCGAAUCCUCGCUGCCACUCCCUUUUGGACUCGACGCUGUCAGCGAGGCUCCGCCGCCACUCCCUUUUGGACACCACCAAUGGCCUUCAUUUUUUCCUGCUGCCGCCGCUGCCGCCAUUUCUCUCCUUCGCCGUCUGAUGCCAUCCAGAAUCCUCUCCUAUCCCUGGCAACUCAACUCCAGCCGUAUCCAGUGCCAAACUACACUGUGGUUCCUGACGUGGAAUCGGCCAACAUACUUCUCUCCUCGAUCGUGGAUGGAGUCAUUGGAUUGGAUAUUGAAGGUGUCCAGUCCAGUGGUCUCAAGCUGUCGGCUUCAGAGAAGAAACGUCGACUUGCGGCGCAAAUUCGCCAGGCGGAGGACGGGAAUCAUUGUGUUGAUUGGAGUGAGGUCACCGUGGCGCUGGUUCAGAUAGCCACGCAGGACGGGACGGUUCUAGUUCUCCCUCUCCUCUCUUUCAAAGAACUGCCUUCCGAACUGGUUCGUAUAUGUCGAAGCAUGGAGAUCUUGAAGGUGGCGGCUGGCAUUUACAGUGAUGCUCAGCGCCUUUUCGACUCUUUUCGCCUGGAUCUUUUCAACUCCGUUUCUUUGGGGUAUAUGGCGCAGCUUGCAUACCCGGAAGAAAUCCUCAUGGGGAAGCCCUAUGCCUCGGAGCCUUCUCUUCAACUCAUCGUAUCUCAUUGCUUGCGCUUCCAUUUGGACAAGACAUUCCAGGCUUCAGAUUGGGAGGGACCGUUGACGACUCAACAACUUGAUUAUGCUGCAAUUGACGCGCACAGCUCCCUGCAUGCUUACUUGCACCUCAGAGGAGUUCUCGAUCACUGCGGGUUUGCGGUCAACUCAGACUGGUUCUCCUUUGAUGUUGUCAAUCGCAGGCGGCAGAAGUGCGGAAGCGAUGGCAAGAAGUGGAUUGCGCACUGUCCCUGGUGGUCUGAUAGCAUAGAUGAUAACUACGCAUUCAUUGCACGUAGAGAUUAGACAAUACACAGUCGAAAUUGCAAUCUGUAGCCGUCGCAAGCU